AACUAGCGUUAAUCGCGUUUUACCACUGACUUUGUCCAGGUCUGUUGAAACUGUGCUUGAAUACACCUUAUUUCACUGUCUUAGUGUCACACUCCUCGCAAAACUGUCAGCGUUUUAAAUUGUUACGAAAAACGUACAGCAUAGCAUUUUAUCGGUCCUUUUAUUGAAAAUCCUACUUAGCCAUAAGUUAAAAAAAGGGGGAAAUGUUGGAACGUUUAACAACCAUAGUUCCGCAUUUGUCUAGAAACGUUUCACUAAAAUCCACAGUAAAUGUAAGCGAGGUUCAAAAAUUCAGUGGAAUGGCAAGCGAAUGGUGGGAUGUAAACGGACCACUCAAAGCGAUACAUUCGCUAAACAAAUUAAGGACGCCGUUUUUUGAACAAGGCAUUCGUUCUCGUCAAAAAUCAACUGUUGCGAACGCUCGUCAGGCAUUUCCUUUGGCCGGAUUCAAAGUACUCGAUGUCGGGUGUGGAGCGGGUAUUUUGACUGAGAGUCUCGGUCGUUUAGGCGCCGAGGUUACAGGGAUUGACCCAAGCGAAGAAAACAUUGAAGUAGCUCACCGUCACGCUAAAAAAAUUAACCUGAAAAACGUAGCCUAUGAAGCAAAAACUAUUGAACAUUUCCAAACAUGCAAUUCCACUCUCUUCGAUGCAGUCAUUGCAUCAGAAGUUGUUGAGCAUGUGGACAAUCCGGAAUUGUUCAUCGAAAAAUGCAGUGAAUCCCUCAAACCAGGUGGUUCGCUUUUUAUUACAACUCAAAACAGAACUGCUGCAUCUUGGGCACUGGUCAUCUGUGGUGCAGAAUACAUCAUGAACGUUGUACCAAGAGGAACUCAUGAUUGGAAUAAAUUUAUUACUCUUGAUGAAAUGACUUCCAUCCUUGAUAAAAAUAAUUGCCAGCUGCGACAGCUUCGCGGAUACACCUACAAUCCAUUCCUUAACAACUGGGAUUGGAUAAAAUCAACUGAUAUCAAUUAUGCUUUACACGCUACAAAAGCUGUGUGAUGAUUAGAUGUGAUGGUUGAAUCAAAUGUCAUAAUUGAUGUGAGAAUUGUUGCGACCCGAAAAACUUAAACGGGGCACGACAGAGAAAGCCCUCACGGCCGGA